UGUAACUAAAAAAACUGAAGAAUGGAAUUACCCAUAAGUUCAUAACCAAAACGGCAAAAACCCUCUACAGUUUAUAUGUUCGUUCUUUGAGCAGCCAAACAACACAAACCGGAAAACAAAGAAAGAAUGGAGACGACGGCGGAAAUCAACACAAACAAGGCGUUAACAACCACCCUUUUCUCCGACCUUAAACCGCCUCUCUCUGAACCGGUUAUUGAAGCUCUUCAUCAAGGUGGUUUUCACUAUUGUACACCGGUUCAAGCCGCCACUAUACCUUUACUUUGCACCUACAAAGAUGUCGCCGUCGAUGCCGCCACCGGUUCAGGAAAAACCCUUGCUUUUAUUGUCCCACUUGUUGAAAUUCUUCGCCGGUCUAACCCUUCUCCUAAACCCCAUCAAGUGUUGGGAAUAAUUAUCUCUCCGAUUAGGGAGUUGUCAUCACAAAUAUAUAAUGUUGCCCUGCCUUUUAUAUCAACACUUUCAAAUGUCAAGCCAAUGCUUCUUGUUGGAGGAGGGGAUAUUAAAACAGAUUUGAAAAAGAUAGAGGAGGACGGGGCAAAUGUAUUGAUUGGGACACCAGGAAGGUUGUUUGACAUCAUGGAACGUGUAGAUGUCUUGGAAUUUCGUGACCUUGAGGUUUUGAUUCUGGACGAGGCCGACAGGCUUUUGGAUUUGGGGUUUCAAAAGGACAUUAAUAACAUAAUAUCACGCUUACCAAAGAUUCGUAGAACUGGUUUGUUUUCUGCUACUCAAACUGAGGCAGUUGAGGAGCUUUCUAAAGCUGGGUUAAGGAAUCCUGUGAGGGUUGAAGUUCGCGCAACUGCAACAGCGAACACUUCAAAAAUACCCUCGGGCCUUCAUAUUGAGUAUCUGGAGUGUGAGGCAGACAGGAAGUCAUCGGAGCUUGUUGACCUUCUUGUCAAAUACAAAUCCAAAAAGAUUAUAAUCUUCUUUAUGACUUGCGCUUGUGUUGAUUACUGGGGAGUUGUGCUUCCACAACUUGCUGUACUGAAGGGUCAUUCAAUAAUUCCUAUUCAUGGGAAAAUGAAACAGAGUGCUAGAAAAAAAGCUUCAGAAUCAUUUACGGGUCUUUCAAGUGGCAUUCUUCUUUGUACUGAUGUUGCUGCUCGUGGAUUGGACAUACCAGGCGUUGACUGCGUUUUGCAGUUUGAUCCCCCACAAGAUCCAAAUGUAUUUAAUCAUAGAGUUGGACGAACUGCUCGCAUGGGGAAAGAGGGAAGUGCUGUUGUCUUUCUGUUGCCCAAGGAAGAAGCAUAUGUUGAAUUUCUGCGGAUAAGGAGGGUGCCUCUUCAGAAAAGGGAGUGCUCUAAUGGUCCUGAUGUCGUUCCCCAGAUCAGGUCUGUUGCAAUAAAGGACCGUGAUGUUGUGCAGAAAGGACAAAAAGCCUACGUCUCUUUCAUCCGUGCAUAUAAGGAGCAUCAUUGCUCUUAUAUUUUCAGGUGGAAAGAACUGGAGUAUGGAAAGUUGGGGAUGGGGUAUGGUUUAUUGCAGUUACCUUUAAUGUCUGAAGUUAAGCUCCACGGACUGUCAACAGAAGGUUUCACUCCAGUUGAGGGUGUGAAGUUGCAGGAGAUCAAAUUUAAGGACAAAUCUCGUGAGAAACAAAGGAAAAAGAAUUUGCUGGAGAAACAGUCAGAAGUAAACCAGAAUCGAAAAACACAAAAGCACAAACCUGCCCCAAAUAAGACUGCUGCAAUGAAGAAGACAACAGCAAAGAAAAGACGGGCUGUUCAGACUAAGGAAGAUGUAGAUGACUUAACUCGGGAGUACCGGCUUUUGAAGAAGUUGAAAAAAGGUACUAUUGGUGAGGAUGAGUAUGCAAGGUUAAUGGGAGCCGAUGAUUUGCUGGAUUGAAGUAGACUAAUUCUGCAGAAGUAAUCGUUUACAAAUGGUCCAUACCAUGAAGAUCAUUUCACGAGCGGAUUGACCCAUGAGAAGGAUUUAUUCCUCGAGGCUGAGAAAGAAAUGUUGCCUGUUCUCCGAUUUUACAAGUGUUUAGCUGAGCAUAUCACUACGGAGCAAUCUAAGAAACGUUGUGGCCGACUAUCUGAACUGCCAAUGCAAUUGUGGAUUUUGACACGGCAGAGGUCCUGAACAAAAGUAGAAGAAAUAUAGUCACAACCAAAAUCUGAUUCUAAAUUUUGAUCUGUAUUAUCCUUUUUGAUUUUGUAAUUUAAGUGCUUAUUACUAUGUACAAGUAUGUUAUUUAAUGGUAAUCCCAAUUUAGGGGUGUUCUUUGUGUAUUGUUGAUUUUUUUAGUUGCCAUUUACAGAGACGAUAACUGGAGACAACUCAUAGUUAACA